AUGCAUUUCGCUCAGAUCUUUGCCGCCACACUCGCUCUCCCAGCCAUGUCUCUGGCUGCAGCACUCCCUUAUAGCGAAGCCCCUGCCAACGAACUCGUUAAGCGGGUUGGUGAGAGUUGUCAAACCUACUCUUUCCUUGCUGCCGGCAGUUUCGAGGUAACAAACACCUUGGCUACCGAUGUCGUCCUUCAACGACAGCUCGAUUCGGAUGCCACGCGUGCUUGGACUACAAUCACUACAAAGAGUGGAGGUUCGACCAUCGACAAAAUCAAGGGUGGUGAGAAAGUUGUCUUCCAAGUCAACUCUGAUGACGGCAAGGGCUUCGUCCGUGUCUGCGACAAUGCCACCAAGAAGCAAUGCAAGUAUCCCAAUGGAACAGACAAGAAGUUCGAAUUCAGAGCCUCUGGUGAACGAUACGCCGCUCAAAUCACCGUCGCGCCCAGCAAUGCUUUAUGGGUUGACACUCCCUGUGUUGUUGGUGCUAAAAUCUGA